UUUGAAUCGUCUUGGCAGACGACCUUGUCUGGACUGGUUUCGAUAACAACCUUUCUAACGAAAAUGUAUCAAUUAUCAAACGUGCGCUAAAGCAACGUGGCUCUACAUUUUUUGUACGCACUGCCUAAGGUAAAAAUUUUCCCCAAGCUGCUAGAAUGUCAAUUAAAGAAUGUGUAAUUGUUUCUGCUGCAAGAACCCCUGUGGGAUCAUUUCGAGGUGCUUUAUCUCCAUUGUCUGCACAUCAACUUGGCUCCAUUGCUAUUAAGGAAGCAGUAAAACGAGCAGGAAUUCCAAGUGAUGCUGUUCAAGAAGUUUUUAUGGGCUGUGUACUACAAGCUGGAGUUGGUCAGUGCCCAGCCAGGCAGGCAGCUAUUAAUGCUGGUCUUGCUAUCACAACUCCUUGUACUACUGUAAAUAAGGUCUGUGCAUCUGGUAUAAAGGCAGUCUUGUUUGGAGCACAGAGCAUUAUUCUUGGACUUCAGGAUGUUGUGGUGGCUGGUGGAAUGGAAAGCAUGUCAAAUGCACCUUACUACUUACCUCGAGGAGAAACUCCAUACGGUGGUGUCAAUCUGAAAGAUGCCAUUGUUUUUGAUGGACUGACUGAUUCAUUUGGAAAUGACCAUAUGGGAAAUUGUGCUGAAGCAGUUGCUAAGAAAUUUGCCUUUUCAAGGGAAGAUGUUGAUAACUGUGCCAUUACAAGUUAUAAAAGGUCCAUUGCAGCUGCUGAAGCUGGCAUUUUAUCAAAAGAGAUAGCACCAGUAACUAUUCCCGGUAAAAAAGGGAAACCAGAUAUUGUUGUUAGUACUGAUGAAGAAUACAGCCGUGUUAACUUUGAAAAAUUACCUACCCUGAAACCUGUUUUUGAAAAAGAAGGUGUUGUUACUCCUGCAAAUGCAAGUUCCAUAAGUGAUGGGGCUGCUGCCUGUGUAUUAACAUCAAAAGCAAUGGCUGAAAAGUUAAAUAUUAAACCUUUGGCCAAAGUUAUAGCAUUUGCUGAUGCUGCAACUGAUCCCCAAGACUUUCCUAUUGCACCUUCCUAUGCAAUUCCAAAGGUUUUAGAAAAAGCAAAUUUGAAGAAAAGUGACAUAGCUUUGUUUGAAGUCAAUGAAGCAUUUAGUGUGGUUACUCUGGCUAACAUAAAAAUGCUUGGACUUGACCCUGAGAAAGUGAACAUUCAUGGUGGUGCCGUUAGUUUAGGUCAUCCAUUGGGGAUGUCUGGUGCACGUAUUAUAGGCCGGUUGAUAAAUAAUCUCAAACCACAUGAAAAAGGUAUUGCUACAGCUUGCAAUGGAGGUGGAGGAGCUUCAGCAAUAUUGAUUGAGAAACUCUAACUGCAAUUUAUUAUUAUUAUCAUAAUUUCAUUUCACAAUGAAAUAUCAUCCACAAGUUGAUUAUAAAUUCUGAAUAUUUUAUUUCUUUAUUCAAGUUCAAAUGAAUCUAUUAAUUGUUAAGCUAUGAGAUACAUCAAUCACUCUGGGAAGGAAUAUAUUGUUAAUUCUAUUAUAAUAAUCUAUUAUUUCUGUUAUAAUACUCUAAAUUAUGUUUAUUGUCAAUUCUAUUUCAAUAUUCUUGAUGUGUUAAUAGUUAUCAAAAGAAAUGUAAUUUAGUCAAUGCUUUAUGCCAAUUGUUUUCACUUCGUAACCCCAUGUGCAUGUAUAUUUGUUUUACCAGAAAACACAACCAAUCAAAGAUGCAUAAAUACUGCUGGGCUUAAAAUUGAACUCGCCAAAAGAAGAAAAGGAUUUAAAUAUAUGAUUAUGUCUCUGGUAAUUAAUUUUUCCAAUAUGAAUUCUCCCAUUUUCUCCUUUAAUUCUACCUUUUCAGCAUCUGUAUUAAUUUAUUGUCUAUCUCCUUGAAGUAAUUUUUCUAAAAUUAUAUUGGUAUCUGUAGAAAUGUCACUUAAAAAAAAAAACUGAAACUUUUUUUUAAAAUCAACAUUUCAACCCCAAAGUUAUAUUUAAUCCUGAAGUAAAUCCACAACUCUAUUUUAGAUAGCUAACCCAUAGUUUGAAUGCCACUGCCUUAUGCUAUGAAUAAAUAUAUUUAUAUACAAUUUAAUUCUAGACUAAUAUAUAUUACAGUUAAAUAUAUUUUUAAAAAGAGCAAUAUCUAUUGUAAAUAUUAACCAAAAAAUAUAUGAACAGUGGAGUCUUACUUAUGCGAGAGAUGCGUUCUAAGACCCCUUGUUUAAGCCAUUAUUUCAUGCAGUGAAAAAAGGUAUAUAUAACUUUUUGAUAAGCAUACACAAUUAUUCAAGGCACUUGCAAACACCCCUCACAGUUUUAAACCAUUCCGUGAUUGUGUGUCACCGUUACCCCGCAUAAAGAAUCGAAUUUACACUGUUCCGAUUUAAAAAGCGGCAUUAUUCAACAUAAAAUACUGUUACGAUGCUCAAAAUCAAUGAGAGAGAGACAAAGUACAACACUAUAUGCAAGCACAAUCUUUUCAUCUAUAUACAGACAGUUUAACAUUUAAUAAAAGAGACAACUAAAAUUGCUUUGUAAAACAGUGCAAAACUUUCUGGGGGGUACCCUGCUUCCCUUUUCCAACCGACGACUUUUUCACACUACUCAUUUAUAGGGUAGGCGAUCAUUCAUACAAAAAAAGGUCAAGGACAGGAGAAAGUACAUCCAUGUCCAAGCCGGGAUUUGAACCCAGAACCAUCCCAUCCACAGUUAGAGUUAUCUGACCACUAGACAAGGCAAGCCUUAGUCAAUAAACUUUUGAAAUAAAUAUAAUGCAACUUCAAUAAUUUGAAACAGUUGGAACCAGAGUCUUUGAAUUAAGCGAACAAAUUCGUAGUAUUUUGCCAUCCAAAGUAAGAAAACGUCUCUCAAAUUGUUUUGCGAGAAAAAGAGCAUCUAAGUUCUUUGAUAAUGGUAGAUGGACAAACUGCAAUUAGUGUUCUUACUGCUGUCUAGUAUAGUAAGAUAACAUAUAUAGCCAUUCGUUUGUUAGGUCAGUUUUGUAUUAGCAUCUAAUGUGCGUAUUGUUUCUUCGUCCAACUUUUAAUGUGUCUUAAUUUUAUUCUCUGACUUUCAUGGCUUUGAAUCAGAAACAAACUUAGUACACCAAAAAAAAAAAAAAACUUGAAUUAUCAAAACAUCUACUUGACUCUAAUUAGCUGGCUUUCAGAUUGCCGAACCUUGGAUUAUUGGGACUCUGUUAUAUUUAAAAACUAGGGACAAUAGUUUCUAAGCGACUAAAAUGCUCCAAGUUUUGAAGAAUGAUAUUAUGUAACUAAUGUUUCUUCUUCAAGCCUAUUCAUCUGUCCCCUUUCCUUGUAUGUCAUAUCAUGAUUGUUAGAAUAACCAAGAUUUUAAUCUACCUUUUUAGAGCAAGGCUGAGAAAUCUCUGGUUAAUAAGGCAGCAGAACAAAAUUUUGUCAGAUAAAAAUAAAAUUCUGAGCUUACCAGUAGCUUUAAAGAGGUUGUUAAAUCAACUGGACUGGUCUGGAAAAUGAAACAUUUAAAAUUAUUUUUUCUCCCUCUUUCAAGACCAUUAUUAACCAACAGAAUUGCAGAGAGUAGACCAGGGCUAAAAUACCGAUAUGCAACCCUCUCAUAAACCAAGUUCUCUUGUCAGUUUUUUCCCAUGUUGCUGGACCUGGGAAUGUUGCCCCUGCUGCUCUCCCCUCUCAGCAGUUCUGUCAACCAGUGUAAAAACUCUUUGUUCAUAAAUUCAUGUUUAAAAUAUGUAAGUUAUAUCUUUAGUUAUUACCAGUGUCUUGACUUACUGCUCUAACUGCAAACAGAUAAUUUCGAAAUUUGCAUCAAUGUAAAUUUACAUACAUAGAAACCCUUAUUUUGUCUUCUAUUUCUUUAAUUUUGACUGAUACAUUCUGAAUGAUGCACAUUAAAUUUUAACUUGGCUGCUCCCAAGGUAGCUAUUUCUGUACUAUUAAAAACAAAUCGUGAAAAAAAUCAGAAAGCACUUUUACUGAAAAAAUGCUCACUGAAUGUAAUUUCCUUUUACAUCCAUGAGUUAUAAAACCAAAUAGUUUCGUUGAAUAUUUUUAAAAAAUCAAAAAUUUUAAUAAUGCAUAAAGCACUUUCUCAUUCCACAAAUUUUUUGAAAAAAUUGCCCUACAUUAACAUUCCAAAUGAGGUACGCACAAUUCAGGAAUGCAUUAAGUAUGGAUUACUUUCACUGAUUUAAUAAGUGAAAAGUCCCUACCGUUGCCUUGCUAACUUUGCUUACCAGAAAAAACUAACAUACCUUUUACAGCGCCAGUGAAACCCUUUGUAAGUGAAAGAGUCAUUUCUCAGACAAAUGCAUUAAGAAAAAGAGUGGUGGGACUUAUUUGAUUUGAGAUUUUCUCUAGAAAUUUUGUUUCAUGUGGUACUCUAAUUUUUGAACAGUUUUCUGUCAUAACUAUUUUUAAAAUUUCAAUGAUUAACAUUUGAAAAUAUUAAUACAUAUGUAAAUGUUUAUGAAUAACUCAUUUUUGUAUUGCAAAAGUAUUAAGAAUCAUCAGUAUUCAAUGGGGCAUUAUAUUGAUUCAUACUUGUCAUAUAUUUAUAAUAUCACUUAAAACAAUAAAAUGAUUGAAGUGCA